AAUACAUUUACAUCAGUUCGUGAUCAUUUGCGUGUUUUAAUAAAACAAGUCAAUUAGGUGUUUAUUGACAUUGUUGACCGCCUAAUUAUUAACUUAUCAGGUAUGAGUUUUCAUGGACAGACUGAUGCCCAAAUUUCUUUCUCAGAAUCUGAGAAUGUUGCCAUUGUUGGAUCCAUGCGCAAUGUUUGUCAUGGACUACAUGAUGAUGUUAGUAAAAGUGUCACUAACAAUGAGUUGGCGGAUGAACUGCCGACAGGGAUUGGAAAAAGGGUUAAUCAGGUCUUUCUGGCAUGUCAGGUAUGUGACGUGACAUGUGCAGGAGAGAGCGAUUAUAAACUCCACAUUGCUGGAGUGAGUCACAAGCAGAAUGUUAUAAAUCGGCAGAAGGCAGGCCGGCAUGUUGGGGAGACAUCAUGUGACGCCAGUGUAGCUGUUGCAGGAGAGUCGCACGCCACGGUUCCAGUCGCCAUGGCAACGAGUAGCAACACCACGUGCAGAAUCGCUGAUGUCCUCGACCGAUUCACCUGUGGUCCUCUCAUUGGGCUUGACUUCAUUGAUGAGUACCAGCACAAGAAUCCUGACAUUGAGGCGAGAUACUACUGUAGGUGCUGCAAUGCCAAGUGUGACCCACGCACGAUGCUCCCUCACCUCACCGGACUAAGGCAUCGUUCGCAGACCUUAAGAGAUACACGUCCGGACCUUUACUGCCUGUUCAGGGGGGCGAGCAACAAGAAGUCAGAACAGAGUCUCAUAUCAGAGAUGUUCGCCCGCCAGUUGGAACAAGAGAAUGGGCGUGGCAGAGUCUGCGUCGUUGUUGAACCCAUUUCUAAAGAGAUGACACAUUCUGGUAUUAUUAAAAGUUCCCAUGCUCCUUCAGAGAGUUCCAAUACUCUGCCAUCAUCCGGAUUAAAGCGAAAGGCCAAAGAUGUGAUGGGUGAAAAUGCUGUCAAGCGAAAUACACUGAACGUCUCCCAUGGGAAAGUCUACCAUGCUCAUUACGAACAAGGUUCCAACCAGCAUCCUAAUGAAAGCUGUAAAGAAUAUCCUUACUCAAGUGAACCUUCUCAGGUUGAUCCCACGUACUUGACUGGUUUCGAGCAGGAAGGUGCAUUGCUACCAACACCUCACACUGGCAUAAUAGCAAACAGUGACACUACUGAAGCUUUUGUUGAGAGUGACGCUCCUCCAGUGGGUUCUAUGUACUCGGAUGGUAUUAACCAGAGAGGUCCACUGUUACCAACUCCUCAUGGUAACACACUGGCAAGCAAUGACUCGACUGAACUUCAUGAUGAUAGGUGUGGAGGUGCAUUGCUACCAACACCUCCUGUCAACGAAAUGGCAAUCCAUGAAGUAACUGAUGACAGCUAUGAGGAUGGAAGUGGAUUGCUGCCAAAACCUCAUGUCAACGAAAUGGCUAUCCAUGAUGCAACUGAUGACAGCUAUGAGGAUGGAAGUGCAUUACUACCAACUUCGGGAGCACCAGAACUGGUGGUAUCUAACACUGUUGAAAUGCACAGUCAGUGUUUUCAGAAUGAUGGUACAUUCUUGCCAUACUCUGAAACAGUGGAAACAGGCAUCACUUACACUAAUGAGAUGUCCUAUGAAAGUAGUAGAGAUUGGCACACUAUGAACAGAGGCAGAGGGACCAACUUCAGAGGUGGACAGUUUAUACAGAGAGGCAGAGCAGCCAACAUGAGAGGUGGUCACCCAAGUAACAGAGGAAAUAUUCCCAACAUCAGAGGUGGUCACCCAAGUAACAGAGGAAGUAUUCCCAACAUGAGAGGUGGUCACCCUAGUAACAGAGGAAGUAUUCCCAACAUGAGUGGUGGUCAUCCAAGUAACAGAGGAAGUAUUCCCAACAUGAGAGGUGGUCACCCUAUUCACAUUGACAGUGGCCCCAAUGUCAGAGGCUGUGAUCCAAAUGUCUGGGAUGGAUACCCUGUUAACACAGGCCAUGGCCCUGCCAACAGUGGUGUGUACUCUGGCAAUGCAGGUGGUGACUGUAACAGCAGAGUCAGUAAUCUUAAUAAUACAAGUGACUACUUUGGGGACAUAGGUACACACCCUGACGGUACAAGCAAUGUCCCGCUCACCGACGCUUAUUACAGUGGUGUUAACCCUGGCAAUAGAGUUGGCUACCAGGGUAACAGAGGUGGAUACAACAACAAUCCAAGUGAUUAUUUACACAGCAGUGGUUUUACUAGCCAUGAUGAUGGUGACCCAACAACAGAAGAUAGUGGUUUUAAAAAGGCAAGCAGUGACCUCCAGGAAAUACAAGCUCAUCACAGUAAUACAGGUGUGGUGCACAGUGAGUUUAAUAACAGUGGUGUGAAUCCCACUAAAAGAAUUUUUGAGUAUGGCAACAGAGGUGGCGACCCCUAUGUUGUGUGUACUGAACCAAGUGAGAGACCUUAUGAUGAGCCAAGCAACAGAGGGUACGACCAAUAUUGUGGAAGUGCUGUUUCAUACAAUGCUGCUCAUGAAAACACUACUAACCAAUAUGGACAUGGUGCAAUGGUCAGGGAAAGGUCGGGCACAUUGACGAAGCAUGGCACACCUUCCCAGGAGAGAAAACCACCUCUUCCUGUAGAUUCACCAGUCAAACCACCACUCCCCACAGGCCAGCCACCGGCUGUCAAAUGUCCACUCCUCACGUCAGCUGACAGUGGUGUCAUGGAACUGCUCAACAAUCUGUCCAAUUGUGUGGUGAAUAAUGAGGAGGAAGCGGCAAUAGCACUUCGUGUAUCUAAUGCAUUGACACAGGCCCUCCUGCAGUACAGGCUGAGGAAUGUUACGACAGAGGAAUUUGUGAUUACAGGUGCGACCCCAUAAGAAAUGAUGACGUUCUUAAGAAAGGAGUGGUAUUUUCGUCCAUCAAGUAUUGACAGCUACCACAAAUCUAUCAAGAUACGUAUUUGUAAAUAAAUUGUGUAUGAAUCACUCGAGCUCCCUUCUUCUUUUACAGUUGAAAUAGGUGUGGUGUUGUAUACGAGCAAUGCGAGCACACAUAUAAAUCAUGUUAGUUUUCUUUCACUUGUAAAUAAUUCGUAAUACAAUUUGUAAAAAUGUG